CUGAUUUCUGAGUUUCCGACUUCUGAGUUGGACGUUGGCAUUUGGCAGUGAAUAAUAAUAUAUUAUAAUAAUAUUUUUUCACUAUGUGUGGAUACGUGAUUCAUUAUUUUAUGAUUUUAGUCCACUAUUCACUACUAUAAGACAUAAGUGGCAACAUUAAGUGUUAAGUCCAUAAUAUAUUACAUUAUAUCGCCAUUUGUUGUCACUCAUCAUCGUGGACAACACAAUAGGACAUACAAUAGGUGUCUAUUACAAUCUAAUUAAUCGAAUAUAUGCUGAAUAUAGUAUUACAUACUAUAAUACACUCGUGUUUUGUAUGCUGAAACAUGUCCGGGUAUAAUGAUCCCUUGGCUGAUGUGAAGGACACUUUGUCCGUCUACGAAGACCACUGGAUAAAACUCGGAUUGGACAACAACAUUAAGACACAGUUAAGGAAUAUCAAAAAUUAUUUUGAAAGCGUUUUCUCGUGGGAUAUCUAUACAUUAUCAGGAUUCAAUGAAAGUCUUAAGUUCAACAUCAUUGAUAAAGUUCAAGAAAAGCAAGAAAUGAUCAUAGACAUAGAUGGCACGGGCAGAGGCGAUGAAUUUGUUUUUUAUAGAUUUAUUUUACAAUUAAUUACUAUUCAUGAAGAUUACACGAGUGAAAGAUAUAAGAAAUCAUAUUUGAAUAUUGAAAGUAUUGUUAAAUUUAUGGAAACGUGUAAAUUUAGCGAGUCAGACAAACAGUACUCUGAUGCAUACUAUCAUAUUGCUCGAGCUACCAAUGUGUUUAUUGCAUUAACAUUGAAGAUUGAUUCAGAAAAGUUACUGAAUUUUGUUAAACCAAUGAAAAAUUUUAAUCAAUCUGAAAAAGCUGCAGUUUGUGCUGUAAAAGCUAGAAUUUUUAUGGAAUAUCCUCCAAAAGGAAAUGAUAUUGCUUUAGGAUUGGCUGAUCGAGCCUGCAUCCUUCAUUCUGUUGAACCUGAAUGGCUACUCAUUUGGUUAAAAGCCAAAAAGCGAAUAAGACAUCGUUAUGAACCAUUUAAAAUGCCAGGGGAUGAUGAAAUUGCUAAAGCUUUAUAUUUAUACGAAACACAAUCAAAGCCUAAAUUUUUAAUUCACGCCUAUCAACUCUAUAAGGAAGCAGGAUUUGUUAAUAAAAUGCACAACAACCUGAAACUAUCAAACAAAUAUUAUAAGCUUUCGUCUGAUAUUGCCAAAAAAUCAAUUCAAUUGGCCAAAGAUGAUACAAAACUACAAAAUUCUAUACUACUUCAUUAUAUACACUUUCCCGAAUAUUUAUUGUCAAAAGACUUAAAUAUAGACAAUAUAAUUACUAAACUGACAAAUGUUAAAAAUAGCAUGGUACAUCUAACUAUAGGCAGAUAUUAUCUAAACCGCAAAAAGGAUUAUAAGAAAGCUAAAAUAUAUUUCUCUCGUGCAAAGGCAUAUGGUAAUUUCAACAGUUCAUUGCAGUUGAUAAAAGUAGAAUGCCUGUUACAAUCUGUCCAUGAAUUUCCGUAUGUUGUGAAAUUAAAUGAGAUGUAUAAAGAUUAUACAAACCCCAAAAAUAGGGUUAUUAUUUUAAUACAUAUAUUGGUAUAUUACAUUUACUCUGACUAUAAUCCAAAAGAAAUUAUGUACUACUUAAAAUUAUAUAUUGAUCAAGACAUUGAAGAUACUAUUAAAAAACGUCAAUUAAUGUUUGUUUGUCCAUUGAUUAAUGAAGAUAAAAUAAUUAUAAAAGCAAACGCAUUUCUGAAUGUUUUAUCUGUGAAAGUAAAAAAUAUAGUAUACAAUAAUAAGUGGGAUGAAGAAGAAAAAAAUAUGGUUGAAAACACAUUUGUUCAGUUCAAUAAAAUAUUACAAUUAAAUUUUAAACCGGAAAAUCAUUUUAAUAAUGAUAAUAAAACUGCUGUUUAUAAAAAAAAUGAAUCUUGGCGAAAACAACAAGUUGAUAAGUCUAAAGAAAGUCAUCAACAGAACAAAGAAUCUUGGCGAAAACCACAAAAUUUGUCAUCUAUCGAGUCAUAUAAAAAAUAUAAUAUUCAGGUUUAUUCAAACCCAGAUUCCACAUCAAAAUCUGCAUAAAAUAAUUUAAAUUAUACAAUACUAUGAACCUAUUGUAUCUAAUAUGUUUUUUUUACUUUUAUUUUCAAAUACUCAACAAUAAUAAUCAUUUUGUUUUGUUUUGCUAAUAGCUAUAUUAAGUUGAUAUUUUCUUAGUAUGUGCAAAUUUUGUAUACAGUGUAUGGGUCAAUAGGCCAUUAAUACAUUUAAAUGGUUAUUAUUAUAUAUGUAUCGACAAUUAUAAUAGGAUUUUUCUGAUUUUUUAAAAAAAAAAUUAUUUAAUUUUACUGUAUUUAAAAAAAUGUGCCAAAUCUUGUUUCUUAA